AUGGCGGUGCUGCCAGAUCCCGAGACAAGUGCUCCGGCACCUCACCGAAGACGGGCUGCUCCAACGACGACAACAGACGACUGGCGAGCCAAUGCGACAAUCGAGGGAUUCAUCCUGGAGUCAUGGGGACAAGGCUUCAUGGUGGGAGCGCUGCUCAUUAUGGUCGCUUUGACCGUAGCCAACAUGCGACGGCGAGUCCUGCUGCACAAGCUCAUUCUUGCAGAGCUUUUCCUAGCCAUGAGCCACGGGACCUUCUGUUUCAUGUCCUUUGAAGGCUACGGGUGGUACUUGUCAAGUACCGCUGCUCUAUACUACACCUCAUGCUGGAUACACAACCUAGUUGCCUGGCUCAAGAUUCGUCCGUUCUUUCGAGGCGGCAAUGCUAUCUUCUCUGCUCAAACGUGCAAGAAGAUUACCUGGGUAUACUUGAUAAGCCUUGCUCUCAGCGCUGGGCCGCUCGUGUUCCAGAUCUACAACAACUUCCGCUUCUUCAACGACCUCAACAGCACUUUGUAUCCUGCUGCUAGACCUUACGAGACGCUCAUGAGAGAUCCGUGGUGGAUAUUCGUCUGCGUGAUGCUUUUUAGAGUCGUACGGGUCAGCUACGGCGCUACCACACUGGAGCUUCUGAAGACGUCUCCUCGAUUUGGUGUCCUGGUCACUGCCAUCAUGCUCGCAGUCGUCUUCACCGUGAUUGAUAUUAUUGCUUCAGUCCAUCCGACUUGGUUUGGCGGGACGAACGGGUACCUCACCCUCGACUGGUCUUAUUUGACAGCUAUACUAAUCCUUCACAGUAUCAACCCCUGGUGGAAGCUUUACCUGGUUUCCAAAUGUCUCACCGACACGAUCAUGCUCGACGACUUCAAGACCGAGCUUGACAAGCUGAGCACCAGGUUUGUCAACAAGGAGCCCACGCAAUUAUCGCAUCCGGCCACCUACACGAGCCACCGAGAGCGGGCUUCCAUGUCGUCCGACAAUAAUGCAAAUCCCACAGCUAUGGAAUUUCUGACGAUUGCAGACGCAGCUGGAUCUUCGCCUGAUCAAGAGAAGUCCAAGAGCAAGAUGAACGGCAGCAGCAAAGAUUCGCGGAAACGGCAGGCUGACUCCUUUCAGCUCGAAGACGCAGUUUAG